UGUACGUCGAUUUCGUACAACAACUUUUUUUUUUGUCCCGUUCUAAUUUCUUAAAUCGUUUAUUAUUACCUCGGGCGCCAGUUGUUCACGUCUUCGACACACACGAACUCGACGUCGCGACCGUACUAGACCAACGUAUUUAUUUUUCAUUGUAUUAAUUUGAUUUCAAUAUUAUGUCAAAAUCAGCUCACUCAGUGGAUACAAUAUCCACUGUCAUUUGAUUUUAACCGUACGAGAUGGAUCAAAACAAUCCACGACCAAGCUGUAGCUCUUCUACGUUUCCUACACCGACGGCAGUUACCUGUCAAGCACAAACGACUCAAAUGGCGUCUACAAUAAUUUCACCACCAACCAAUAGUUAUGUGCUGACGUCUAGUAACCUAAGGCCUGUUACCAACUACACCCUCGUUGCUAGUUCGCAAGUACCUGUCACCCAUCAGUAUGUAGUCCAGUCAACCACCCGAACAACUAUACCUCAGUAUGUGAGCACGGGCAACGUUAAACAUAUUGUGUCGCCUAGCACUCAACAGUCAAAUGUUACUUAUAUGUUACCAUCCGGUGCUCAUAUUGUCAGGAUGAACAAUGUCGUAACUACCACAGUAGCCGGAGAACAAAAAUCUAAUACACAAUAUAUUUUAACAUCAAGUACUCAAAAAACGAAUUCUAGUAUUAUAUCGCCAUUAGGGACACAAUCUCCAAUAACAAGUGUUUCAACUGACACAGAAAAAAAUUUUGGAUCAAGUGCUACUGUGUCUAGAACAGUUAGUGUAACUACAUGUACAUCUCCAAUAUUUCAAAAGGCUGGAUUAAGUUUCCCUAGAUUGAAUGCUACAUACUAUAGUCAAAUAAAAGGAAAUGAUACUACAAAGAUUUCUUUUAGACCUAAACUGAAUGAACAAAAACCCGGUACUAGUUAUAUUCUAACGUCUAAUGAUUGGUCCCGCACUAAAAAUGUCCCCAUGUCAAGUUUACAAAAAAUUAAUACAAAUUAUAUGCAAAUACCAUUGAUUCAAAAGCCUGGAAAUGUGAUAUCUACAAACACUUUAAGAUCUAAUGUUGAUAUUCAACAACAAAAAUCUCAACCUCAACCAAUUCGUUCAGUUAUUUUACCAUCAAAUUAUCGAACGGCUGUUUCUCAACAACAAAGCACUGAUUGUAAAUUAGUUCUAAACUCAAUUAAUGUUACAACCCAAGGAAUAAAUUCAACUGAUAGUAAACCUAGCUCAUCAAAUACUUCAGUUUCAAGUAUACAACAGCUCAAUACAAAUUAUAUGCAAAUUCCAAUAUCUCAAAAACCUGGAACUAUACUCACACGUAAUAAUACACAACCAAAUAUUGAAAAUAAUAUACGUAUUGGACAACAUCAAACUAUUCGAUCAGUUAUUUUACCAUCAAACUAUCGAACAGCUAUGGUAUCAUCCCCACGAAGAGGUGUUGAUUAUAGAUUAAUACUAAAACCUGUAAAUAUCCAAUCACAAGUAAUAAGAAAUGUACCGCCUCCUCGACUUCCAAGUCCACGAAAUAAUUCAGUACGAAAUGCUUCCCCUCGACAAACUAUACAACGACAAACAUCACCACGGCAAAAUUCUCCGCGUCAAAGUUCCUCUCGACAAAGUUCACCAAGACAAUCUUUACCCCGACAAACGCCACUUCCUAUACGUUCAAAUUCAUUUCCAACCCGUGUUCCUUUACCUCGCCCAUCUACUUCAAUUCAUAAUGAAGUGAUUGCAAAUUCAAAAAUUACUCCAAUUCCACUAAGAAAAAGAAUUAAACAUUUAGUAAUUACAGAAAGAUCCAUAAAAAUUUGUAUGGAUGAAAUUAAUAAUAAACAUUAUAAAGAUAGUCCAAAUUCAAAUUUAACUGACGCAGCAAUCAAAGUUGUCCAAGCUGAAGUUACUUAUAGAUUAUUUUAUUUAUUAAGGGAAUGUAAAAAAUUUCUAAUUAGAAGCCGUUCAAAUGUUUUAACUGAAGAAGCUGUUAGACAAGUCUGUGCUGAAUAUUUUGGAACAUUUUUUGGUAACAAAUUAUGGCCAUUGUUCUGUUUAAAAUGGAUUGACGAUGGUUUAAAUUCUGAAAAUGAUGAAAAUAGAGUUUGGAUGAGAAAGCAUAAUAAUGUUAAUCUUAUUGGAUGGUUAAAACAUCCAAAAUUUCGUAAUCCAAGUUAUAUACAAAAACGUCAUUUCAUGAAUUUAAUGAAUACAAAUCCUUUAUUACCUAAUUUAGAAAAUAUUUCUGAAGUAAUGUAUGAACACAAAUUACAUAAUCAAACAAAUCAAGAAUCACCAUCUCGGAAAUUUUACCAAUCUUUAAAAAGUGAUCAAGUAUCAUUAAAUAAAAUAGUCGCAAAAAAAAAUGAUAAUGUAUUUACCCCAACAUCACAUAAAUUUAUGGAUAUUCCACUAGAAAAUCAAAUGCUUUCUUCUAGUAAACAAAUAUCAUCUACAAUAAUUCAGUCACAGCGAACACACUGUAACCCAGAAUAAAUUAUAUAUCAAAAGGUCUAAUUUCUAUAUGUAUACAAAAUUACUUAUUUUAAUAUUAGACUUUGAUUCAUGGUGAAUAAGUUUAAGUAUUUGUGUUUUCAGUCAUUACUAUUGUGUUUUACAUUUAAAAUAACGUAUACAAUUAAAAUGUAUCAAUGAAAAGCUAA